AUGGGAAUCGCCAUGGCGUCAAACCUUCAAAAAUAUCUUCAUGACCAAAGUCUCCCACCAUUGCGAGUCUGGAAUCGCACUUCCUCCAAGGGAGACGCCGUGGCGAGUCUCGGUGGAGUUCAGUGUGAUACCAUUGGCACCCUUGUCAAGGACUGUGAUAUAAUCUUCAUAUCGACUAGCAACGAUGAUGCACUCCACAGUAUCGUGACAGAAAUUAUGUCCGCUAAAAACCUGACCAACAAGGUGUUUGUUGAUACGACAAGUGUCCACCCAAACACAAGCAAGGAUGUUGCUAGUAAGCUGGCAAAAGAAAAUGCCUCUCUGGUCUCUGGACCUGUAUUCGGCUCUGGCCCGAUGGCUGCAGAGAGAAAGAUCUUGAUGGUUGCUGCCGGUGCCCCAUCCUCUAUACAGCGAAUUUCCCCUUACAUCAAAGGCGUGAUAGCGCGUGAUAUGCUUGAAGUAGCAGAGCACCCGCAAGAUGCAUCUUUGCUAAAGAUUAUCGGGAAUUUCCUCGUGGGAGGCUUGACAGAGAUAGUCGGCGAAGCUCAUGUCUUCGCCGAGAAGAGUGGGUUGGGCUGUGAAAUAGUUGAGAAGCUGUUGGAGGCCCAAUUCGGACCUCUGCCGACCAUGAUUUCCAAGCGGUUGACCCAGGGGGUAUACAUGCCGCCCAAAGAGGAACAAUCGAUAUUAACAGGCACACCUCCAUGGUCAAAUCUGGAUCUCGCCCUGAAAGAUGCUAGUCACGCUGUUGACUGUGCUGAAGCUGCGGGAGCAAAAUUGCCAGUGGGCGAAGUCAUAAAGGACCACCUUCAGCGUGCCAAGAUUUUCUCUCAAGAGCAGGAUAGGGAGCUGGACGCGGCGGCUUCGUAUGGCAUCAUCAGAUGCGAUGCAGGUCUGGAAUUUGGGAAUGACUUGAUCAAGAAGAGGGAUGCAUAG